AUGAGUGGCUUGGUGCGUUUUCAGGAAAGUGUUGAUGGGUUUUUCAUGCCUUCAGCGUCGGUGUUGGCGGGGGAUGAUAUAUCGUGUUUGUGUGUUGUAUGCGGCGGCGUUGGCUGUACGGUGACGUUGGCGGCCGUUGGCGACUUGGAUGCAGGGGCGCCUCCCGGGACGUCGUCGUUGGGGGGUGUUGGUGCCGCGGCGUCGGGCGUGUCUUCUGCCUUGCAGGGCGGUGUGGCGGGGCCCUCACUCUUCUGGUGGUGGAGGCGGCCAUUGACGUGCGGUGUUGGUGGCGAUGCUUCUGCGCAGCGGCUGGAGCCGGAUGCGGCGGUGGCGGAUGCAGUGCUGGGUCUCACGGUGUCAAAGGCGAAACGGGAGUUGGCGCGAGUAUAUGCCAUGUACGACGCUGCGAGGGCGGCGCUGAUGUGGGCGGACGCCGUGGCUGCCGGCACGUGCCCGUUGGUUGGGCGGCGCGAUGGGGCGGGGCAUGUGGUGCUAAUACCUCUGGAGGAGGAUUGGGCAGAGGCGGUGCGCCGUGGCCUGCCACUGGUGGUGGUGUUGCGCUUCACGCUCUGGGCGUACGCCUUGCGCGGCUGCCGGCGGCAUGGUGGGGGCACAGCUGACAUGCAGACGGCGCUGCCGCUCCCACAGUUUGUUCCGGGCGUCCACACGGAUCGAGGUGACUGGCUGGAAAUGCUUGCGUUGUUUGCGCCGCCUGACUACGCCGCGGCACUCCUGCAGCGCGCGCGCAGCAUCUCAGGCAGUCGUGAUUCUGCGGAUGUUAGCUGUAAGGAGUCAUUGUUUUUGUCGUGGCGCCGUACGGGCCCUCUGCUUCCAGCCGCAGCCUGCAGUGCCGCCGCUGCGGAGGACGCUGCAGCAGCUGCCACAGCGGCGUCUGGAGUGGCUUGGACGAACAGCGCGCGGCACGGCGCCGUGCAUCUGCGGGCAACCCUACGCCCGCCGCCCACCCCAACGCAGGUGUUUCUCUUCCACGGCGAGUGGCACGUCUUGCACCACCUCGAGGGCGUCGUGCGGUGCACGUCGGAGGUACUAGUAACAGCAGCGGAGACGGCGCGCAGUACCAGCGGCGAGGGAGGCGUUGAGUCAAGAGGGUCGCCUUUAGCCACGCUGUCGCCCAUUGCUUCACGUGUAGGCGCAGCCGUUGAGGACCGUGGUGAUGCCCCCCCCACUGCAGCUCAAUCCAGGGCUGUGGGUGGAGGCACAGCUGCCACUGCUGCGUGGCGGCAUGAGGGGGUCCGACAGCGGUGCGUUGAGCGGGGAAUGCUUUGCGGCGGUGGUGGGCGUCAUGCAGAGGCUGGCGACACUGACAGUAACAAUGAUAGCGAUGACGUGGGUGCAAUUGUGGACUACGCGGAGGCGUUAUUGCUGCCCGUUAUCUCCGCACAGGCGGCUAACAUGCACGCAUCCGUGCCGUGCGGAAGCCGAGGGUAUGUCAGAGGGGCGAUUCACGAUGACACGAGUGACGAGAAGAGUGGCGGCUGCGAGGGUAAUGGAGCGACGACUACAGCAGCCGCAAACGUCGUUCACGGUGGGCUGACGCAGCUCAGCACGUUUGUGGGAAUACCGCGUGAGGGCGCGGCUGCCACAGCGGCCCUCCCAGAAGCCUUGACCGCCGUGGGUGGCGGGGCUUUUUGUCUCCCGAGGUCGGUGGUCCAAAGCGAGGAGGCCUUCCGCGUGUUGGCGUCCUGGGGCUUCGUCCCCGCUGCGAUGGCUGCUUCCGUGCCUCUUUGGGGCGGUAGUGAGGCGAGCGCGUACGACGUGGUGUCCCGUAGCCUGCCUCUGUCAGCCUUUACAGCGCGGUUCUGCGGUGACAUUCUUCAACGUCGUGGCGUUCCCGCUUCUCCGCCUUCUUCCGCAUACAUCGACGACGACGGCAGCAGCUGCUGGUGGCCGCUCGGGGCUCCAUCUGACGGCAGUGGGGACGACGCAACAAGUGACGAAGACGACGACGUUUCCGGUCUGGCGUUGCGGCAGCUUGGCGUCUUAGGCAGUGCAGCUCCACACCCCACCGCGGCGCCACUUCCCCGGCCCCUCGCAUGA